AUGGACACCAUGCGAGCGGAAAUGGCUACUCACUUGGACCACAAAGCGGACGUCGCGUCGCUGCUCAGCUUGCAAAGCUCCAAGCUGGACGUGUCCGUGUUCGAAGCAAAUUCAUGGGACCUGCAAAAGCUCCGAGCUGCCAUGGAGCAGCACGUGCAUGAUUUAUUCGCAACGUUUGCCGGUCAAGUGGAGCAGCAAGUUAGCUCGAAGAUCGGCAUCGACGACUUCAACCGCGUCUUCAACGUGGAGACCACCGGGCAGAAGGCCUCGCUGGAAGCCGCAGCGCUGCGCGUCGCUAAGAUGACGGAUCAGCUUGACUCGCUCGGCAACUACGUGAAUGGUGACCGACAGCGCCAGCGACAAGUGGCGGAGCUGAAUGUGAACAUGUUAGACCUCACGCGUAAGCAGACAGCGGCCAGAAAUUCCAUCGUACAGCUCGAAAGCGCCGAGCAGGCUACGACAGCUCAGCUCCGAGCGUUGGACGAACAAACCAGCCUAGCGGUGGCGAACAUCCAAUCUUUGACGCAAACGCUGGGUGGGCUGCAGGCACAGACGCAUGCUGACAAGAGUACCCAAGACGCCAGACUAGCUCGGCUCGCUAACUGUGUCAAGCAGCAGGAGGCACACAGCCAGCACCUAGCGAAUACAUUGAGCGAGCUCGAGCAAUUUGCACACAAAGGGCUGUUGGAUACGUUGGACGCUAAAAUGAAGACAAACAACGACAAGCUGCGCAACGAGCUCAACGAGGUGAACGCAGUAACUCGCCAAUACACGCAGCAACUGAGCCAGCGGAUGAACAAAGCCAAUGAAGUAUUGCUGCACCACAAGGAGCGUCUAGCGCAACUGGAUGCUUGUCUGCGGAAGUUGGCAGGUCUGCUGAAAGAAACACAAGGAGAUCUCGACAAUGUUAAAGGGCCGCUGGCAACACUGGCGACUAACUUACACGAGGAGAACGUGGCGAUCUUGCAGGAGAUUGAGCGGAGCCAGGUUCGUGACACCAAACACUAUGUGAACCAUACUUUAUCUCUAACUCGGUUACCCUCCAGUACCUUGUAG